AUUCCUGAAAAUAAGUGAAUUUGGCUUUUCCUGCAAUGAAGCGGUUUUAUUGUAAAUUCUUGAAUUCUUAAGGCUAUUUACUUACAACUUUUUUUUUCUAUUAUUUGCCCUAUAGAUUUGAUUUCAUAAGGGCUGUCGUUUAGGGGCAAUAUGGGAUGGAGUGAGACAAGGAUAGAUAAAUGGAGGUUGCAGUUCCAGGGACCAAAGACUCUGGCUCUUGAAUUGCAACCAUUGAGUUUCGUUUUCCUUGGGUUCUGCCCAUCAGCUCUUGCCUUCACUUUGUUUUGAGGACAGUUUGGUUUUUAAAAGCCUAUUGGAAGAAAGGGAAGGGCAUUGCGUUGAGUUCGGGGAGAUGAUGGGGAGCCAUGCCCAUGAAUGAGGGAUAGAGAAGAAGGGAGAGAUAGAAGGCUGCUCAGCUACAGGCGAAGGUGUGAGAGUGGAAGUUCUGCUGCUGUUUCUUGGCUAAGAUGUGGAGGAAGGCUCAGAUGAGAGAAGAAAAAUGGCUGUAGGAUUUUGCUGUCUUGGCAUUGUAUUAUUAAGUCCCGUUUGGUUCGUCAGAAUCCACUUUUCGUGUUUUCAUCAUAAUCGAUCGAGACCCAGAAAUGCAAGUUGAACAAAUUUGUACCUUGAUUUGUAUUUUUGACCGAAGAGGAAAGAAAGGGAAAAAUUCAGAGUAAAUGAUCGUUUAAACAGGGGGACCUAGGAAGAGAGGCAUGGAAAUGCAACCUUAGGAGGAGGGUUCUUCUCAUGUAAGUUGUUUAUUUCUGUAGAUUUCCUUCUCUUUCUCCAAUUUAUUUCUUUCAUUUCUUGAAAAUCUUGCUUCAAAAUGCCCCCGUAGAUACAAGUCUCUAUUUUUACUCGUGUUUCAUAGCGUUUCCUGAGAACCCACUCCCCUUUUCUAGUUCA